AUGGAUAGAUGGAUGGAUGGAUGGAUGGAUGGAUUGGAUUGGAUGGAUGGAUGGAUGGAUGGACUGGAUGGAUGGAUGGAUGGAUGGACUGGAUGGAUGGAUGGACUGGAUGGAUGGAUUGGAUGGAUGGAUGGAUGGAUGGAUUGGAUGGAUGGAUUGGAUGGAUGGAUGGAUUGGAUGGAUGGAUUGGAUGGAUGGACUGGAUGGAUGGAUGGAUUGGAUGGAUGGAUUGGAUGGAUGGAUUGGAUGGAUUGGAUGGACUUGGAUGGAUGGAUGGAUAGAUUGGAUGGAUGGAUUGGAUGGAUGGAUGAAUUGCAAGCUCAGCAGCACUGCUUUUAUUUCUAUUUCGAGAAUAGCACAGAACUGGUGACUGAUUAG